AUAUAAUGUCUGAAACUACAGCUGUGCCUCAGAUGAGCGCACGCAUCUUCACUUCUAGACUAAGGGAUGACUGAAGCCAUCAGAACAAUAGAGGUGGCCGCACUCGGCCGGCCAUUCAGCCUCGGGAUGCUGUAUGACUGCCGCCAAGAUUCACUCGUCCCUGGCAUGACACUGUGGGACUGUGAUGACUUGGAAAAAAAUACAAGAGAACGACCACAACAAAACAGUGACUUUGAGAUAGUUGCUUCUGAAUCAAUUGAGGAUAAAUCCUCAGCGCUAACAGUUGAAGCCUCUCUGAAAGCAAGUUUUUUAGGUGGACUGGUCGAGGUUGAAGGAUCGGCCAAAUACCUGAAUGAUCAUAAGGCAUCCAAAAAUCAGGCCAGAGUAACUCUGAAGUACAAAGCUACCACAAAGUUCCGGGAACUGUCAAUGAAUCACCUUGGAAGAGGCAAUGUUAAGCAUCCGUAUGUCUUUGAUAAAGGAUUAGCAACACAUGUAGUCACAGGUGUCCUUUAUGGGGCUCAAGCAUUUUUUGUCUUUGACCGUGAAGUGUCCAAAAAGGAAAAUCAUCAAGACAUUCAAGGCAACUUGAAGGUGAUGAUCAAGAAGAUUCCCUGCUUUGCAAUAGAGGGCGAAGGUUCGCUGAAAAUGGAAGACAAGGACAGAGAAAAUGUUGACAAAUUUUCCUGCAGAUUCUUUGGAGACUUUUCAAUUCAGAAAUCUCCUACAUCCUUUCAGGAUGCAGUAGAAGUCUACCAAAGCCUGCCAAAAUUGUUGGGAGCUAACGGAGAAAAUGCUGUACCAAUGAAGGUCUGGCUGUUGCCACUGACAAGUUUAGAUUCUUCUGCUGCCAAACUUGUCCGUCAGAUAAGCAUAAGAUUAGUUCAAGAAUCACAGACUGUCCUGGAGGACUUCAGUGAGCUGGAAAUGAGAUGCAAUGAUGCACUGAGGACCACCACUGCACAGCAGUUCCCACAGAUUGGCAAAAAGAUUAAAAGUUUUAAAGAAAUGUCCUCUGAGUUCAAACUGGAAUUCCAACGAACCUUGGCAAAGAAACUUCCAUCAAUCCGAGGAGGAGGAGAAGAGGAGGCUGGGCUUGCAGACAUCCUGAAGAAGAGACAUUCUUCUGUUUUCAACAGCAAACACAUGAACGAGUGGAUGGACUGUAAAGAGAGAGAAAUCUGCAUGUUAAGGUCUUUCACCAACAUGAUGAAAAACACAAAAAUUGUACCUUCUCAAAAUGGUCUUCAUGAGGAAAUUCUCAGUGCAGUCCAUGCUGUGUGUUUUGUUUUCACCUCACUUGGAAGUGCUGAACCGUACCUCUCAGCUCUAUCAAACUACUUAAAACAAACACCAGAAGACCCUCAAUGUGCCCAUACCCUAGAUGUAGAGAAGGAACAAUGGUACCUUUCAAACAAAGUAGCAGAUUCAUUGCGGAACAAAGCAAAGCUCUUCAGUGACUUUGCAGAAGCUAACAAGGAGAACAAGAACAUUAAGUUCCUGACAGUAGGUUUAACAAAUAAAACACAGAAAGGUUCAAGUAUCUACCUUUAUAAAGAAGGUGUUUCUGUCAGUGAGAACUUUGAGCCGCCUUCAAAGCCGGAAACAGUGACAGUAAGUGAUAUAAACCAUAACAGUGUGACGCUGAUGGUUUCUCCACCCAGAUUUGGAGCAGAGGACAUCACCUCCUAUUGUGUUGAGUACUGUGUCAGUGGAGAGGGUGGAUGGAAACAGAAGACAGCAUCAAAAGCGGAAAAAGUCACAGUGAGCGAUCUGAGUCCUAACACGGAGUAUAUGUUCAGAUGCAGAGUAGUGACGUCAGCAGGUUUUGGGCCAGCCAAUGAAGUCCCCGGUUCCACUAAAACCUUACCUUGCAGCCCUCCUGGAAAACCUGAAGUCGAACCAAAUUCAAGUGAGAUAUCGGUUAGCUGGGAGAAACCUGCUGAGCUUGGACAAGAUAUCCACAUUUUGAGCUACUUUGUGGAGUUCGCCAAAACAGACAACGGGGUUAAAGAGGAAGAUCUCCAAUGGGAUGAAAUAAUGGCAGGAGCUGAAAAGGCAAUAAUAUCAGAGCUUCAGUCAGGAACAGAAUAUGUUGUCAGGGUCAGAUGUGAUUGUGGUGUAGCUGGCAGAAGCAAAGAAAGCAUCCCUGUUAAUGUCUGCACAACAAAACGCGAAUUUGCAUGUCUUACCGAGUUCCUCAAACAUAUUAGCAAGAGAUUACAUUCUGAAUCUCCAUCAGUUUACAAACUGCCUCUGAGAGAAGAAGAUAUGGAUGUUGAUGGAUGCCGGAGGUAUAAGUUUGGCAAAGAAAGCAUGAGGCAAAAUCGCACAAUAAUGCUUCUUGGAGCAACUGGAUCAGGAAAGUCCACUCUGAUCAAUGGAAUGAUCAACUACAUUGUUGGAGUAGAGUGGAAGGACAAUUUCAGAUUUCAAUUAAUUGAGGAGGAUCAGACAAGAUCACAAUCUGAAAGUCAAACAUCUGAAGUCACUGUGUACAAAAUCAACUAUCAAGAGGGGUUUAAAGUCCCCUUCUCUCUGACCAUUGUGGACACACCAGGGUUUGGGGACACAAGAGGAAUAGGAAGAGACAAGGAGAUCACAGAGCAAAUCAGGAGGCUUUUUACUUCUGCUAAUGGUGUAAGUGAGAUUGAUGCAGUGUGCUUUGUUACCCAGGCCUCUCUUGCAAGACUAACAGCAACGCAGCGUUAUGUGUUUGACUCAGUACUCUCCAUUUUUGGCAAAGAUGUGGUAGAGAACAUUCAGAUGCUUGUGACUUUUGCAGAUGGCAAGCAGCCACCGGUUCUGGAGGCAAUAAGCGCCUCUGGGGUUCCAUGUCCAAAAAAUGAUAUAGGGCUUCCAGUUCACUUUAAGUUCAACAACUCUGCAUUGUUUGCAGAUAACAGAAGCAGCAGUGACAGGGCCUGUGAUGAGGUAUCUGAUGAGGAUGAUGACAACUUUGACGAAAUGUUUUGGAACAUGGGUGCCAAAAGUAUGGAGAAGUUCUUCACUGCUUUGAAAAAAAUAACAACCAAAAGCUUGCUCAUGACCCAAGAGGUUUUAAAAGAACGAAAACAUCUUGAAACAGCAGUUGAAGGUUUGCAGCCGCAAGUUAAAGCUGGAUUAGCAAAACUUGAAGAAAUAAGGACAACCAAAGAAAAGAUUAAAGAGCAUGAAACAGCCAUGAUUUCAAAUGAAAACUUUGAGAUUGAGGUGGACGUUAUUAAGCCAGUCAAAAUACAGCUCACAAAGAAAGGAGAGUACAUUACCAACUGCCAGACAUGUUCAAUAACAUGCCACUACCCGUGUGCGAUAGCAGAUGAUGCUCAAAAACAUGGCUGUGCAUCAAUGGAUAGGACAGGGAGGUGCACUGUCUGCCCUGGAAAAUGCAUUUGGAAUGUGCAUUUCAACCAAACAUACAGUUGGGAGUAUGUUAAAGUAAAAGAAAAGCAGACAUUGCUGGAGCUAAAAGACAAGUACAAAAAAGCUACAAAAGAAAAGAUGACCAUUCAGGAAUUGAUUGAGAGGCAAGAGGAAGAGAUUGUUCACCUUCAAGAGAUGAUCGUGUCCCUCAUGGAUCAGUCGGCUCAAUCUUUAACACGUCUGCAAGAGAUUGCGCUGAGGCCCAACCCUCUGACCACUCCAGAGUACAUCGACAUGUUGAUUGAGGGCGAAAAGUCAGAGGCAAAAGAGGGUUACACGGCUCGAAUUCAGUCUUUGGAGGCAAUGAAGGAAAAAGCAAAAAUCAUCUCCAAAGUAGCUAAACACGAUAAACUCACAAAAACAAAAGAAGAAUUGUAUAAAGAAAAACAGGAGAUAAAAGAAAAGAACGGGUUAUUUGAGAAAUUUACAAAUUUCUUCUUUAGAUGAAAAAUUUGUGAAAAACAUGCCAUGGCUGCAGUCAUGUGUUAGUAUAAACCAGAACAAAAAUGCAUUUAUGGAUGAAAAAGACAGCUGAGCAAUUGUAAGACCAUUGGUAUGUUGAGAUGAUUAACAUUAAUGUGUACAUUUUGUAUUGUUAUGAUGGUAACAUGCUAUCAUUUUGAUAUAUCAUGAUAUCUGAUAUCAUGAUAUAUGACAUGUUAGCACUUCUGCAUUGGCUACAAUGAACGUGUAACGUAUGCAGACCGUUAGCGCAGUGUAUGUGCCACGGAAUGUAUUAUUUAAUUGGCUAAACCUUCUGCCCACACAUGGUGUGGGUCACAGGCGAGAAGGAGAGUUUUUGCGUCGGAAUUGUUUCUUCAGUUUUUGGAGCCUGCACAGAGCCAUGAAACAUCCAUCUACUGUCAGCUGUUUUCCAACAUAACUUCAAGACUUUGCGUAAACAUACAAACCACUUUCCUAAAGCCAGUUGGUUUUAGGAAACGUCAAACGCGUGUUGGGUUUAGGAAAAGAACAAACGUGGAAAAGAAACAUCACACGCGGGACAAGAUUCCCGGUCUCCUGGGUGAAAGUCCUGUGUUUUACCCAUCUUCCACCCCGACCAAUCUCCCUUUUUUCGCCCUUUCAUACUACGCGCUACAGUGUCAAUUCACACGCAAUCACAAGGUAAUAUAAGUCAAUGAAGGCCAAACGCCAUUGAUAUACAUGCUAAAAAACAAGUAUGCAUCUUGAUAACACGCCAAUAAUGGCAUACGAAUUGGCGUGUCAUACAUACACCAUUUCAUGAGAUCAGUCUGUGUUAUCAGAGAACGCAGGUGAGGGAAACAAGAAACAAAAACAGAAACUCUCAAAAUGAAACUGCCAAUACGCUCUUCAUUCAUUAAGUUGUUUCCUGUAUAUCGGUAGUUUAAAAAAAAUAUUGACACUUUAUGAUCCUUUUCUGUGUUAAAGGGCCGCACACCUUGCGUAGAAAGUAAAAAAUAGAAAACUGUGUGUAGGAUCCUUCCUAAAAGUGUACUUACGCCCAAAAUGGCGUACAACAAAAAAGUCAGAUUUAUAAAACCGCGUGUACGCACACCUGUAAGCAUUGUUCCCUUUAUAAAUUACAGAUUUUCUACAAGUGUGCGUACGUAGAUCAGCCUCUUAUCCUGCCCUGUACACGCACAUUUCCCUGCCCCGUACACAAUCAAUGCAAAGCACCUUGUGAAUGCUGAUAAGUAUGUUAAUGACCCUGACAGUUGUUCUUUCGUGAUGCCGAAUCAUGCCGACUUGGGGGAAAGAGCAAAAAACCUCUCAGACGCUCAGGAAUUGCUGCCAAUUGAAUUAUAAUUUCGGCCUCUUGUUGCACAGUGUAGGGAAACUAGAGGCAGGCAUAUCGGCACUCAGGGACAGCUUUGAUAUUCCAGACCUAUAUGAUAAGAUUUUACAGAACCAUAAACUAUAUCCAAACAAGCCUUAGUGUUAAAGGUGAAGAUUAUAUAUAAUAUUUAUACAUAUAAAAAACACUUAGCUGUCUGACAUUUCCCUCUGGAAACAGCCGGUUGCCCUCAGAAUGGCGAGUACCUGUAUUUGGACCGGGAUGGUACGGUUCCAGCGCAUUGCCCUCUCUACUGGACCCAAUUCAGUAUAUAGAUCCUAGAGCGCGAUUUAAGGAAUUUAAAUCGGCAUAGGGAGUUUCUCUUCUAUUAAUUCCAUUGGGGAAGUUCUCCAGUAGUGCCAGCAGUGCCAUAAGAUAGCAUUACGCCCAGAGUCACCGCAGUAUAAAUAUGUUUACAUCAAUUAGAGUGAUUGUAGACGCCUUGCCAAAAUCGCAGCAUUAACUAGUGGUAUCCCCUACCCAGAGAUACAAUUUGAUGACAAAAGAACAGACUUUUCAUCAUGCAGGUUUUGUUAUGAACCCUAUUAAAGUUCGGACUGAUGACGAGGACAUUAAGUGUAAUGAUUGCAAGAGUGCUUAAUGGCUGUAUUUCCAGACUUUGACAUUUUAAUGAUAUAUGCACAGUAUUAAAGACAGAUAUUUAGUUAUUUAAACUGUGUUCUGCCAUUGUCUAAUGGUAGGGUAUUUGUUUCUAUCCUGCAUUCCAAGGAAGCUGGCCAUCUCAUCCUCCUGCGCUCCGUAGCGGACUCUGUGAGGGUGAGACAGCGCUGAUUAAAAUAUUAAAAACAAGUUUUGAUUUAAGAUUUGAGAUGGAGGUGGAACAAUUAUCACUCGGUUCAAGCACAAAUAACACUGCUGGAUUUAAAAGAUGAUAUUGUGUGAAGAAAUGUGUGUGAGGCAUCAAUACUUAAACAUAUUAAGAGUAAUCGUUAUUCCCAAAUGUACUUUCUGCAGUCUGACUUCAGUUCACCACCUUACCAUCUGCAUUGCCAAUUCCUAUUUUAUCUCCAAACACUGGUUAGAGUUUGUGUGAAGGACUGCACAUUCUCCUGUCAAGUUUGCUUUUUAUAAAUCACAACCUUUGCGUGGGAAGCUGCGUACUCCCAUUUUCAGCCCCGUUUUGUGCGUACGCUAAGUUUAUAAAUGAGACCCCAGAUCUCCGCAACGCAUACGCAACACUAAGCGCUGCACUCUGUACGGUGUUGGCAGUGUCAUUAAUUAUAAUGGAAGCAUAGUUUUGGAACGUCUGCUCCGUGUACGUUACUCAUGCAAUGUAGCCAACCCGUUACACUUUAGGAAAGCAUGCUGUUUUGAAUUCUAUCUUAACCUUUUUGUUAUUAACAAGCUUUUUUGCCAGCUGGUGGCACUUGAUUAAAUACAUUUUUUGUUCGGUUGAAAAUAAUAAAUAAUAAGAACUUAAUAGACCUGGAUGUCAUAAGUCAUGUCUACAUAACCUUAAUGUUGUUAAAAUGUGAACAAUUAUGCUUCUUUUCUGACACACACAAUUUAAUAACCUCUUUCAGCUGGAGUAGUACUUUUGAAUAUACUCUGAUUAUAUACUAAAAAAGUGGAAUUAAUUACUUGUUUUUGGGGUUUGGCAGUUACUGUACGUUUUUUGUCUUAUAAGAGGUUCGUAACAAAGACGAAAACACAAUUUAUGUUUAUUUUACAUAAUCAACAAAAUCAAGAUUUGAUGUAUCUGUUAAUAGGUUAAAGCUGCUAUUUGUGAAAUUCAUCCUGUUCAAAAUUCAGCAGAUGACAACUUUAAUGUGUGCAGUUUGUUGAGAUCACAAUUGUUGUUCUCAUUGGUAAUGAUAAAUAUAGAAAUAAUUGAUUGAUUGAUCUGAACAUUAACCAUUGUUUUACAUAUUUCAGCUUUAACAUGUGUCCUAUUUUUUAAGCCAUUAUGCAUUCUGUGUAUUUUUCUUUAACAGUUUUUUUCUUGCCCAUUUGUACCUUAAAUACUAGAAAAGACAUGCAAAAAUCCAUAAAGUUAUGUGAUUGAUAUGUGAAAAUAAAUUGAUUUUGUCUUUGUUCA